ACAUGCUGGCCUGUAUCCAGAGACGGCAGAACCUCUCGUCGCAGCAUCUGGCCUGCACACCCAAAAGCCUCGAUGUUCCACCACCGCCAUUACUGCUGCCAGUACCACCACUGCAGCCCUGCACACACAAAGGCGAGCCAGCCUCCAUGAUUUCUCGGUACCCCUCUCCUGCAGAGUUGGAUGCUUUUGCCCAGAAGACCGCCAACAGCCCGCUGUCCAUCAAAAUCUUCCCAUCUGACGUGCGGGUGCCGCAGCACAAACAGCUCAACAAAACAGUCAACGGCUUAGACACCACAGGCCACCGCUACAGCCCGUAUUCACACCCGUACUCAGGAGGCUACCAGGGCUUGCUGGCCAUCGUCAAAGCCUCUGUUGUGGUCAAAGGUGUGGUGAAAAACUCAGAGGGCAGGAGGACUAAACAUGCAAACACACAGGCCUCUGUGGCACCGUAUAAUAAUCCUCUGAAUAAUGGCUACACUGUCAGACACGGGCACAAGGCCUAUCAUAUAAGCGCAUGUAAGCCCCCUGAUGUACCCAUUGAGACACUUUGUUCUAGUGCAGGGAUGGCCUCCGGAGAUCAGAGCCUGGCCCCCCAGUCUGAGCUGGCAGAGGUUCAAAGCCUGAUGAGGCAGAUGAGCAGAGUUCCCCACAGCCAGGCCCCGCAGCUGGGGGGGGAGGCUCGAGCCAGCCCCUCUCUGCAGGCUGUGGCUGCAGUGGCACAUUCAGACUCAGACUUUGUCCUGGGAGUGCCGCCCCAGAGCAGUCUGGCAUUCACGGGAGCGGUGCUACCUACACAGAGCGCAGACAUAGCCAAAGCUGGUUACUUAGAGAAAGGAGACUACACAGUGUGGCAGCACAAACAUCAAAUGCAGCAGCAGCAGCAGCAGCAGUCGUAUCAGCAUGUAGCAGUGAGGAUGUACAGUGUGAGUAACAGUGCUCAGGGGCACAGAGCAGCAGAGGCUGGGGUUGGCCAGUCUCCUCAAACCUGCCUCCCUUUGGCGUGCUCCUCACAGCUGUCCUACAGGCCGCAUCCCCCCAGCGUAGGUACUGGGCAGGAGCGGGUCAGCGGCUCCUCUCUGAACUGUGCUCCCAUGCAGGGGGAGUUCUCUGUCGGACAGUACUUCGCCCCUCUCUGGGACGGCGUCGUGACCACCCCUAACAGCGACUGUUAUACUUCUCAGGUGCUGGCAACGGGUACAUGUGCAGCCAGGCCGAGAGAUCUGGGGCUCUCCCAUCCACAUCUCCACCCAAACCGCCAUCAACACAACCACCACCACCACAACCAUCCUCAGCGUCACCAGCCGCAGCUCCACCCUCCUUUUCCCCCUCACACCCAGGCCUACAGCGCAGACCAAAACCUCUGUUGCGGGCUGCCUAGUUCUAGCCUGUGCCACGCCGCAGUACUUAGCAGCAGCCUGCAGUCUCUGGAGUGCCUCAUCAGUGAGAUCCACCCUCCCUGCAUCAAAGAACGCAUGCUGGGCCGUGGGUACGAAGCCAUGGGGAUGCCUCAGCUGCUGGAGCACCACCAGCAAACCCACAUCCAACUCCCUGUCUACAGAUAAGACGAGGUGCUGGUACACAACGGGACGCAGGUGCGAAAAACCUAUUAUAGGAAGAGGACGUGCGUCAGUUCAGACAUCUAUGAGACUGAGACAUGCCUUUUUUAGUUUGUGCAUGUACUGUAUUUGUAGAAGGCUUUGUGCUAUAAGCCCGAUGGUAAAUGAUAAUCAUGACUUAAGAUAUAGGUUUAUCUUAUGGACUUCUCAUGUUUUAUUUUUAUAUCCUAAAUGGCCAUCAAAUAUGCCUGCUGUUCUUCAUUUAAUUACCAAUGCUGAGCACCCAAUCAGAGUUUGCCAUUACAUUUUUAAAACAAACAAAGUCUUAUUUUGCAGGUGAUUCCUCCGUAGGCCUUUACAAAAAUGGAAACUCACUGAACUGAAAUAAUCAUUGGUACCCUUCUAAAAAACACUUGAAUCUGGGAAGGAUCUCUUUUUGUGAAUAUAUUGUAUAUUUUUACAUACAAUGGCUUCUUAUUUGAGAGGGAACAUUCCUUAAUUAUCCACUGAAAUAUUAGUUGUUUGCUGCUUCAUUAGUUUUGUCCUCUUUUCAGUGACUCCCGUGUUAUACACACACACACACACACACACACACACACACACACAGCGCACCCGGCUUCUGCAAUAUGAUGCAAAUCUCCUAGCUGCUGUAUGGGGAAACAUUUUCAUCAUUUGCGUACAAAUGUGAUUUUUUUUUGUUUUGUUUUUUUUUGUUAUGCAGUCAUAGACAAGGUUAUGUUAUUUAACAUCUUAAUUGAUUUAACAUUGUCACGCUGAGCUCAGCAUAUUAGGACUGUUGCAUAUCCAAAUCAACACUGUGGCAUUCAGGCCAAGCAACAUGUGCCCUUUGGUUGUUAUUUUUGUUUAUUUCGUUUGAUAUUUUUAAGAGGUUGUGUGGACAUUUUUCUUGAAUGAAAAAAUAUUUUUUUUCCUCUGGAAGGUUGUGACACUGUUUCACACAACGGCGUGCUAUGUUUUGGAGCAGGCCACCUGAAUCAUUUACACUAUCUUCUUUGUAGGGCUAUAUUAUCUCUGAUGGUGUGAGACGUGAGACUGAGUAGAUCUUUGUGUGUCUGCACUGGUUCUGUAAUACUAUUUAUUUAUGUCGGCCUGUUGAGUUAAAUAGAAAACUGUCUCUAUAAUUAUAAAGUGCAAUUAUUAUAUAUGAACAUGUGAGCGCUCUCCAUGAAGUAUGUUGGUGAAAUAACUACAUUUUGCAAUGUAUGACCCUAAACCCUCACCCCUUUUUUGCCUCUUCUUAAUAAGGAUUGUCAAGUAAAUGAAAUUUUCUAAACCCA